GCGAUGAUACUAAUGGAAUGCUGUGUUAUUGGGAUUGUAGAUUGUAACUGACAGCGAAGAAUUUAUUGUGAAACGUUGAAAUCCCAGCAACUACCCCGGACGCAUCCAUUCGAUUGAGACGUAACUCACCAAAAAUAAAUGUCCGAUAUAGCCUAUCGACGGUUGACAACAUCAUCUCUCAGUCCAAUUCGUCUGUACCAAAGACUCAAGCCGCAGGAUCCGCAUCCAUUACUAUCGACACGCUCGCUGCAUGUGGGCCCUCGCCGGACACGCCGUCAACAACAUCUGUGCGCCAACGAAUUUCUACCAUUCAACCACUAUCGCUCAAUAACCAUGGCAAGCUCAGGGUCGGCCGUGUCGGCGGUCGAGCAGGCGCAGUUGAUAGAGAUGGCCAAGAAGGCCGCCGCCUUCACUGCCGUCAAGGACCACUUGGAUCCUCGCUACACACACGUCGGCAUCGGGUCUGGCUCCACCGUCGUCUACGUCGUCGAGGCCAUCAAGGAGCUGCACCCAGAGGCCUCGAAGGACAUGACCUUCUACCCGACUGGCGACCAGUCCAAAGGCCUCAUCAAGGCCGGCGGGCUCCGGGCGGCCCCGAUAGAGGACCGACCCCAGGGCAGCCUGCUGGACGUCUACUUUGACGGCGCCGACGAGGCCGACGCCGACCUCAACCUGAUCAAGGGCGGCGGCGGCUGCCUGUGGCAGGAGAAGAUCGUCGCCGUGGCCUCGCGCACAUUUGUCUGCAUCGGCGACUUCCGCAAGCUCUCGAGGAACCUAGGCACCCAAUGGAAGCAAGGGAUCCCAAUCGAGGUUCUCCCCAAGGCGGCAGACCAUGUGCUGGCCGAGCUGGAGAGGCUCGGCGCGCACUCGCCGCGACUGAGAUCCGGCUCAGGAAAGGCCGGGUCCGUGGUGACGGACAAUGGGAUGCACAUCAUCGAUGCCCCCUUCACCCCGCUGCUUCUGGCCGGAGAUGAGGGUGGGACUGGCGAGAAUGGAAUCUGGAGCGUCGACAGGCUCGCGGCUAAACUCAAGUCUCUGGUCGGCGUCUGCGAGAUUGGCCUCUUCUACGGCCGUAGCGGCCUGGAUGCAAAGGAUGAGGGCGGUGCACAGAAGCCCGUCGCGGCCUAUUUCGGCAUGGCUGACGGCAGCGUGCAGAUUCUCAACCAGGGCUCCCCGCCCGUCACCCUUACAACAUCGAGCACGGGUGGCUCUGAUGGUUCCAAAUGAGAUCAUGACGAAAUCGAGGUAAAUACAAAGAAUAGAUAUGUGCCAUGUUUUAUGCAUAACCGUCCUGUUGCCCCCGUAGUUUCUAGCAAUCAUGGGAUAUAGUCGAAUGUAGGAGUGAGAUGUUAUCAGUCGAAAGCUACUGUCCAGAAAGAGUUGUGGCUGUCAUUUGGUCAAAUAAAGUACUUGUCUACACACA